CUUAUCCUUUCAGACAGUACUUGUGCUUCGUGAGGUAAUUGCGUAAGCAUGCGAACCUAUAAAUAUAUGUGUAAGGUGGACGUUAUCAAGUUUUUUAACUAGUUGCAGUACUUUUUCGUACUAACUUUUUUGCGUGGAUGAGUAUUGAAAAAUGUCGUCCUCGACCUUGGCGGCAUCUUCCUCUUCGUCAUCUCUUAGCGCUAAACCGCGAGUGGCUGCGCGCAUUCUUGAGGUACACCUGGCGAGCGGAGACGUGCAGGCCAUUGAGAUAACCGAAGAGAUAUUCGAAUCUUUUAAGAUUUGUUUGUUUUAGAAAUCCAUCUUGUUCAAAGAAAAGCAUCUAAGUACUGCUUCUCGGGAAACCUCCCUCUCCCACCAACUAGUUUGGAUUGGCUAAGUAGAUGUGGCUACGUUAUUGAAAUUGAAGACAGCGCAGCUAUAUGAAGUCCUCAAACUUGACCUCAAACUUGAAUGAUGGCCAUGGCCAUCAUGGACUUCGUAGGUCUUCUAUAAGCUCUAAUAGACGUUUUGGUAAUCUUCACAAACCUGAAUGGGCAAAAUGUUUCACGGUGGAAGAUGCGCGAUACUUUCUGUCUGAGCAUUACGACCCUUUGCACCUUUGCAUUCCAGAAAUGUUCGACUUGUAUCCUGUGAAGCAGGAAAUGGAAAAGCAACAUGACG